CUCAAACCCAUCAAGCCUAUCAUCCCUUUCAGCGAUUCGCAGCAACUCCCUGAGCUUGUCAACUGGGUCCCUGGUUCGAGGUUGGGGGGGGGAGAGAGGAUUUGUUCUCGAGUCCUGGCGCCGAGCAUUCCAGUAAAGGUUGUGGUGAUUCUUCCGGCUUGUGGCAAAUCAUUCAUCGAUGGUCCAAAUUCUCUCCAUUUUCGAGCUCAUGCCUUAUUGCCCUUUGGUCGCCUAUGGUGGACCCUUCCCAUCUUUCACAGUUAACGCUGACGUCUUGAAGCUCCAAAGCAAGUCCUGGUAAAGGGAAUCUAGGCGCCCAGAUUAUGCGCUCUCCUUAACAAGCGAUCUUGUGCUCUCUGAGCCUCACCUCCCUCGCUCCCUUGUCUUGCUCUGCGAUCUCUCGUCAAGCUUUUUUUUCCCCCCUUUCUUUCUUUUUCUCCCGUCCUCUGUUGUGCUUGCGCCAGCCGAUCGCCUACACCUAGCAGCCGCGGUUGGAGUGCUGUGUUUUUAGCUUUUUGGAGUCCUCAGAUCUGGCAGACAGUUUGAUGUAGGGACGUUGGUGUAGGUUUAUUCAGCUGAUCGAUUGAGAGUGCAAAAGGCGAAGCUGUGUGCGUGUGCGUGUGCGUGUUUGCUCGUGAGUGUUUGGGAGUAUUGCUAAAGGGUAGCAAUGGCGAUCGGGAAGGUACUGGGGUGUGCCGGGUUUCAGCACAGUGCAGUGCCAACGCUCCGUGAACCAGUGCGGCUGAGGGCGCAAUGCAGACGCCGGGGAAAGACCGUGUCUAUGUCGGUUCAGAAGACGUCGAAAACGGUACAGCAGGCGGAGAAGAUGUUGCAGGAGUUCCGUCAGUCUUCCUCUACUCCCCUGCCUCUUUUGCACCAGGUAGCGGACGCUCUCGUGCAAGAAAUGUAUGCUGGAUUGGCGUCGGAAGGUGGUAGUGAUCAGCUGAAGAUGCUUCCGACCUAUGUCGAAAACUUGCCUUCUGGGAGCGAGAAGGGGCUGUUCUAUGCCGUGGAUUUGGGCGGCACAAACUUCCGUGUUCUGCGAGUGGAAUUGGGAGGCAAAACAGGCCAAAUUUUGAGCCAAGAGUUCAAGGAAGUGGUAAUCCCUCCAGAGCUUAUGGUGGGCACUGGUAAGGAUCUUUUCGACUUCAUUGCUGGUACACUCGCAUCAUUUGUCGACACUGAAGACGAGUCAAUUAAAGCUCACUUUGUUCAAUCGGGAAAAACCAGGGAGUCCGGUUUCGCUUUCUCCUUCCCCGUUCGACAGACCUCAGUCAAAUCUGGCAUUGUCAUCCACUGGACGAAGGGCUUCAAAGUUGAUGAUGCGGUGGGCAAAGACAUCGUGAAGCAAUUUCAGGAUGCAAUCAGCAGAAGUAACCAUCAGAUUAUGAUCUCAGCCCUGGUAAACGACACCGUUGGCACGUUGGCCGGAGGCAGAUUCAACUUCGACGAGGAGACCAUGAUUGGUUGCAUUAUUGGAACAGGGACAAACGCAUGCUAUGUCGAACGUGCCGAUGCUGUACAUAAGUGGGACGAGCCACUGCCCAAAUCAGGAGAAAUGGUUAUCAAUAUGGAAUGGGGAAAUUUCCGUUCACCCUACCUGCCACGAACAUUUGCUGAUGAGACUGUUGACAAAGACAGCGUCAAUCCAGGGGACCAGUGGUUCGAGAAAAUGAUCUCUGGAAUGUACCUCGGCGAGAUCGUGCGCCUUGUUCUGGCUAGGAUGGCCAAAGAAGCGGAACUGUUUGGUGGCAAUGUCCCCGUGAAGCUCUUGGAGCGGCUCACCCUAGGCACCCCACAUGUUUCCAAAAUACAUCUGGACAAUUCACCUGACCUCGACGUGGUUGCCAAAGUUCUCAAGGACGUCUUCGAGAUCGAAACCACCACACUUGAGGAAAGAAAGAUAGUACACGAGGUGUGUGACAUCAUGGGCGAGCGAGGUGGAAGGUUGGCUGCAGCAGGUCUCUACGGAAUCCUGAAGAAGAUCGGAAGAACCGGCAAAUCUCGAAACGGAUCCAAGAAGAAGACCGUGAUUGCAAUGGACGGUGGCCUGUUCGAACACCACGUCCGUUACCGGUCAUACAUGGAGGAGGCGCUCCAGGAGUUGAUGGGUUCUGACGCAGCGUACGAGGUGGCGUUGAGACUACAGAACGAUGGUUCUGGAAUCGGUGCCGCUUUGCUUGCCGCUUCCCACUCACACUUCAAAUAGGAUAAAACGCACACAAAGCUUAGGGGGAUCAUGGCAGGUGAUGAGCAUCGCCUGUUUUGCAUGCCUGUACAAUAUUCCGAGUCCUGAUGAUCUGUCUAUCUUCUGAGAUGCACCCAUCGUCUGUACCAUUUGUACCGGCUUAUCGUACCGCAGGAAGACGCCGUUCUUCAAGUCGUUGUCUAUCUGGUGACCAAAACCGCAGAGUUUCAAGCUGAGAGGCCUAGUAGGGGUAGUGUAGGCAGAGUCAAGUUUUAUUGUCUCUGGUCAGUUACGUAGAACAGUUUGCGGUUGAGUCUACCCAUCUCAUCUAGAUCUGCACUGCACACCUUUCAAUAAGCUGGUUUCACUUGAGGUUGCCGUGCGCAAGCUAGUAUCUGGCACAGAGAUGAGAGGUUCAUUGCUGCGCAUUCUCUUAGCAAUCCUCACAAUUUCCGAGGUGAUUGUGGGGUGAUGGAGCUGGGCGUCUUUAUAAAACUCCAUCAUAGAUGCGUAAUAAACCGAGUAAUCCUGUCAAGAUGAAAGUUGACGCGCUUUCUCUCUUCCAUCC